UCUAAGGUGUUACGAUGGAGGGAACCCGGGAUGAGGGUUAUUUCGGAACGGAAGAGGGGCUUCUAAUCCAACCAGAGGAUGACAGAAGGCUUACUUUUGGAGGUGAUACCUAAGUUGAGUCCUAGAGGACAAAGGAGGUGGCAGAAGAAGGGAAAAGUGGAGGGCACAGAGCAUGAUAGAGGUGGUGUCUCAGAGAUUCACCAGUAUUUCUAUGAGGCUGGGACACAGAGGAGUGUGAAUUGCAGGGAGACAGCAGAUAAGGGACAUUUGAGAGAGGAGCCAUCAGCUCGGAGGAGAUAAGACAUGAUAGAAGCCUUCAAAUAUCUGAAAGCAACAGAAAUAGGCACCCUCAAUUUCCCUGCUGCCUCCAGCUAUCCCAUUGGACCUGCUGGCCCUGAGCACGUGAAGGUGCAGUGAGUCCUGCAGAAUGAGCAUGUUUUUCUCAGAGGCAGCAUGGUGCUGCCUGGCUGUCACCGCAGCCCUAGGCAGCAUAGUUCUCUGCAAACACAAGAGCCCAGGGCAGCUGGGGACACCGGUGGUCUGGCUCGCUGGACUCUGCGGAGGGGCUUACCUGCUCGUCUUGCCCUUCUUCUGGAGCGUGACUCUCUUCUCCCUGUCGUGUUUCCUUGUGCAUAUGUACUCAGCUGACCAAGAGUUGUUACCCGUGGAUCAAAAGGCAGUCCUGGUGACAGGUUGUGAUUCUGGGUUUGGCCAUGCAUUGGCAAAGAACUUGGACAAGAUGGGCUUCACAGUGUUUGCUGGAGUUUUGAACGAAAAGAGCUCAGGAGCUGAGGCGUUGCGAAGCAACUGCUCCAAGCGCAUCACUGUGCUUCAGAUGGACAUCACCGACCCGGAACAGAUAAAAGAUGCUUAUAGCAAAGUGGUAGAGAAGGUGCAGGACAAAGGACUGUGGGCUCUGGUCAACAAUGCUGGGAUCCUUGGCUUCCCAACAGAUGGGGAACUCAUCCCCAUGAUUGAGUACAAAAGAUGCAUGGAGGUGAACUUCUUUGGACCCAUAGGAGUCACGAAGGCAUUUUUGCCUCUUCUCAGGAAAUCCAAGGGGAGGCUGGUGAAUGUCAGCAGCAUGGGAGGAGGAGUCCCAUUACCAAAGAUGGCAGCUUACAACUCAACCAAGGCAGCUCUGACUAUGUUCUCAUCAAUUAUGAGGCAGGAACUUUCUGCAUGGGGAGUAAAAGUCUCUGUGGUCCAACCUGGAGGUUUCCAAACAAGUCUUGCAGGCACAAAUGAUGUCUGGAUCAAGAAAGAAAAGGACAUCCUGGACCACCUCACCCAAGAGCAGCUGAGGGACUAUGGCCAGGACUACAUUCUUCUGCAGAAGAAUUUCCUCCCUCUCAUUGGCAGCAAAUCCUGUCCGGACUUCACCCCAGUGCUCCAGGACAUCCAGCACGCCAUCUCUGCUCAGAGCCCCUUUCCCUUCUAUACGCCAGGGAGAAUGGUUUCCAUAUGGCUCUAUUUUGCCUUCCUUUGCCCUACCUACUUACUUGAUUAUUGUGUUGGAAAAUUACUUUUUAACAGAAAGUAUGUUCCCAGAGCUCUACGUGUGCCUAAGUAGAAGAUCCCAGUGUUGCAGUCUCUAGAAAGACUACAUCUGGGUAUUGAUGGCUGCUGACUCACCAGGGAGGUGGCUGCUGAAA